UAACAGUUCCAGAGCUAGUGGGCUUCUGAACGGGCAGCUCCAGGAGAACGGGCUGCAUGCACGGCUGGAGUCUUUGAGAGGUCAAAGCAGCAUGGAGCCUGGACAGAGGGUGACGCGAAAAGGCCGGAAACUGGGCUCUAGCCGCCGGCGGCAGAUUCGAGAGCCCACUGAUGGCCAGGAUGCCCUUGUGGCUCCAGAGCAAGAAUCCUGGUCCUCGCAAGCAGCUGCAGAACUGCAGAGCUUCUUCCAGGCCUGCGGUGCCAAGGAAAGGGGCUUUGUCACCCGCAAGGACCUGGAGGUGGCCAAGUUCAGCUUCCUGAGUAGCGAGGAGGAGCCAGAGAUGAUCUUUGACUGGGUGGAUGUGGAGCGGAAGGGACACCUCUCCCUUGAAGAAUUCAGUUCCCGGUUCAAGAGCAUCUUUGGCUCCAGCCCAAGCACCCACAGGCUCCACAGAAGGAAGCCACUGUCCUCCAAGCGAGGAUCUGCAGCCAGCAGCUUCCCAGUGCUGGAGGAGGCCGAGGCAGAAGAGAAGGAGGCAUUCUUUGCCUUCAUGGAGCAGCUGGGGCCUGGCCACUCACUUCCUGAAGAGGCAGAGCUCUGGCAGCUAUGGGGGAAGCUGAGGCAGGAGGAGCCCCAGCUGGCGGGCAACCUGGAGGGCUUCCUGGCCAAGAUGACCAGCCGCCUGCAGGAGGCACGGGCCGACAAGGAGGUUCUGGAGCUGACCUUGAGGAAGAGAGACUCAGACCACCACCGUGAGGUCCAGCAGCUGUACGAGGAGAUGGAGCAGCAGAUCCACCAGGAGAAGCAGCAGCUGCAGGCCGAGAGCGACUCCCGGGACCUGGCCCUCAGCUCCCAGAUUCAGGAGGUCCUGGAGGCCAAGGAGCGUGAGGUGCAGCAGCUGACUGAGGGCCAGAGGGAGCUGGAGGCCCAGCUGCACCACCUCAGCAGCACACACCAGGAGGCCAACCUGGAGAACAGGCAGCUUCGGGAGGCCCAGCACCACCUGGCCGGGCAGCUGGAGGAAGUGCGGGAACAGCUGCAGGUGACCAGGGGGCACUUAAACGCCACCAGGGGCUACGCAUCCUGGCAGAUGGAGGAGGAACUGAGUGACCCCAGAGCAGGUGCGGAGAAGGCUCCUGACCCUCAAGCAGCUGCCCCUGAGGAGACACCCCUGCCUGGAGUGUUUGGGGACAAUGAUGACUGGGACCAGCUCCUGAGUAGCUUCAGCAGCAGCCCCCGCAGAGCCCUGCAGCUGUGCUGGAGCCCACCACCAACCCCGAAAGCCUCCUCAGCCCCACAGACACCCCGCGUGGUCAGGCAGAUCUCCAUCUCAGAGCCGCACGGUUUGCCGUUUGGUCAGGAGCCAUCUUCAGAUGCAGAUGCGGCUCCAAGGACCCCCCCUGGGGUGUCUUCUGGGACCAAGGAAGGAGGAGGAGUGGACCCAGAUGGGCAGGACCUCAGUCCAGUACAACCUAAGGAGGAGUCAGGGGCUGGCCCUGAGGCCCACUUCCUCUGGGACCUCCCGAGGGACCUGAGUGGGGAGUCAGGGAGCCUGGUGGCAGCUGCACUCAAAGUGCUCAUUCCUUUGGAGGAUGGACACCGGCUCCAGGUGGCCUCGCCCCCUUCUGAGGCCCCUGCAGGGACCAGCAAACAGUUCCGGGCCUCAUACCCAGAUGAUAAGGACUCCUGGACCAGGCCUGUCCCAGCCAAGCCACCCAGGCAGAGAGAGGCCCUCCAUCAGGACCCCCCUGCUACUGGGCCUGAGCCAGGACUAAUGUCCCCAGAAGCUGGAGCCCUCACAGCAUGGCUGGCUGAGCCCUCCCGGGGCCUGGAACGUGUGGGGGCUCCCACAGAGGGAUCGGAGCAGGGCGGGCUGGGCACAGACAUGCAGGAGGGCCAUCCUGGGGCGCUAAGGGAAGCUCGUGGCCAGGUCCAGCCAGAUGGGCUGCCUGCCCUCCCCCAGCGCAGCCUGGAAGAGGAAUCCAGAGCUCAGGAAAGGAAGCAGGUGGGCCAAGGAGGGCAAGGUCUCGGUUCAGAGCAGCCAGCUGAGGUGCAGGGCCUGAGAACUGGGCAUUCAGAACAGCCCCCACAAGAUUCCCCACCCACCCCUCUCCCACGUGACACGCUGCAGGCUCAGGCUGAGGCGGAAGCCCCUGCUCCUGGAACACCAUCCCCUCCAAGGGGCUCUCCCACUCGGGGGGCUCAGCCUGGGGUUGAAGCAGAGCCCCAGCCGCCCAUGAAAACCCUGCCCUCUGUGGCCACGCUGGAAGGCCAACCUGGACCUCCACCCACAACUACUCAAGCAGAGGGAGGAGGAGACCCCCUACAAUCCGGGGAGCCAAGGGCAGAGGACAGGCCUGAAGACCUGGGAACAGACUCCAGGGAGGCUGGCCUAAACCCAACCCCAGGGGACCCCACAGACAUCGAGCCUCCAGCUGACCCUGAUCACAUCUUCCACGUCAUCGUCCUGGGAGACUCGAAUGUGGGCAAAACGUCCUUCCUGCACCUCCUGCACCAGAACACCUUCGCCACUGGGCUGACAGCGACUGUGGGAGUGGAUUUUCGGGUCAAAAAACUGGUGGUGGACAACAAGUGCUACGCGCUGCAGCUCUGGGACACAGCUGGCCAGGAGAGGUACCACAGCCUGACGCGGCAGCUGCUCCGCAAGGCGGACGGAGUGCUGCUCAUGUAUGACGUCACGUCCCGGGACAGCUUCGCUCACGUGCGCUACUGGGUGGACUGCCUCCAGGACUCAACGUCUGGUGAGGUGGUCGUCCUUCUCUUGGGAAACAAGAUGGACUGUGACAAGGAGCGGCAGGUGUCCACGGAGGCUGGGCAGCAGCUGGCCCAGGAGCUGGGAUUCUCCUUUGCAGAGUGCAGCGCUGCCCUGGGUCACAACAUCCUGGAGCCCGUGGUGAACCUGGCCAGGUCCCUCAAGGUGCAAGAAGACCACCUGAAGAGCUCACUGGUGGAGGUGGUCCCUGAGAGGCCGCCAAAGAAAGCCGGCUGCUGCUCCUGACCAGCUGGCCUGGCCAGGGCGGGUGGCCGCCGCUCUGGGCUUCCUGUUCCUCAGCUCCUAUCUCAUCUGCCUGGACACACCAACGUCCUAGGGGCAGCGUGGAAGUUCAGGAGACUCCUCCUCAGGUCGGGACGCGGACCCCAGGGCAGGGGCCGUACUAACACUGUCCUUUGCUCUCAGAAGAAGGACUUUGCUAAGUAAAUAAUCCUUGGGGUGGGUGUGGGGGACUCUUUGAGGAAAGGAAAAGUCUAGAAAACAAGGAAAAUACACCACAGUAUUGGCCGCACAUCUCUGGGUGGCCCU